AUGAUUGUCGGAUUUCAUGUGGCCGAUUCCACUGCUACCAUCAGAACCCGCAAGUUCUUGACUAACCGCCUUUUGGCCAGAAAGCAAAUGGUCGUGGAUAUUAUCCACCCCACUCGCGCCAACCUCUCCAAGGAUGAGGUCCGUGAGAAGCUCGCCAAAAUGUACAAGGUUGAUAAGGAGGUUAUCUUCUGCUUCGGUUUCCGCACCCAAUUCGGUGGUGGAAAGUCGACUGGCUUCGCCUUGAUCUACGACAACAUGGAUGCUGCCAAGAAGUUCGAGCCCAAGUACCGCCUUGUUCGUCACGGCCUCUUGGAGAUUAAGAAGCCAUCUCGCAAGCAGCGCAAGGAGCGUAAGAACCGUAGCAAGAAGCUCCGUGGCACCAAGAAGGCUAAGGCCGCUGUUGCCAAGAAGUAA